CCGUAGAUGCAGCGAUCGACGGCUCAGUACAGACGUAUCGUGUCCAAAUGAAAGCCCAUUUCUCCCGCAGGCUCGCACUCAUCGCCCGCCACCGCCGCCGCCGGAAAGAAGACCUCCGACACGAACCCUACCGCCUCCGAUUCCCCUCGCUCCUUCCGAAGGGCUGUUGUUGCUAGAGGGGGACGAUGCCGCUCGGCCUGAUACUGAGCUCGAUCGGGAGGUCGAUGAGGCGGAAGCGGACGUCCUCGCUCAACAUCCUCUCCUCCAAGAGGGCGCCCCGGGAUUACUACAAGGGCAAGAACUGCAAGCCCACUGGGUUCCACACCCGCAAAGGUGGGUAUGUGAUGGUGGAUGCAAAGUUACCAAGAUUUGUGGUCCCGGACUUGACUGAUUUCAAGUUGAAGCCAUAUGUGUCACAAUGUGCCAGGGACGACCUCACAGCCUCCUCAACGUCCACGGCUUCAGCAGAAUCUACUGGAAACAAAAACUGAUAUGUUUCCAGAUGCUCUAGGCACUGCUUGUUCUUGUGGAACGCGAGACAGCUUUGUAGUUGUGUUUUCCAUAUGGUGUGCACAUUCAGAACAUGUAGCAUCAUCACUUCGCUGCAUCUGAGUAUUCAAUAUUGAGUUGGGCUUUUUUAUGUAAGAGCAAACUUUAUGUCUUAGCAUAAAUCAUCAGAACUUUUUACAGUCGUUAAAUGUACACUGUGUUCACAAUAUGUCUGUGAUUGGUGUUCAUUUCCUCAAGGAAGUGAUGCUACGACGCUGAUUGCUAACGGCAACACGAUCCCUCUUUGCUAAA